CAAUAGUAGAUGACGCAUCAGGUAGGCGGUAAAGUCGUAAAGAUUGCUUUGUGUGUGAUGCUAAAAUACACUUCAAUCUGUUAUCAGUAAUAUUUUCUUGACUACGUGUGUAUGAAAUUCGUGGAGUACUUUUAACUGAUGUCUGCAUACGAUCCAUUUAGUGUUCAGAAUGGUGGUACCCAUACUUUCAAUGGAACAGAAACUCUCAGUCGAAUGGUUGUGGAUGGAAAUUAUAUUGAUGGGUCUUGGGAAUUGUCUGUUGCCGUUGAAGACAUAAACGCAAAUGUUUCAGUACGUGUUUUGGGUGAUCUGUCACUGGGCGGUUUGAUGCAUCGGAUUGUUGAAAAGGUGAAGUUACAGCAAAGUUGGUCAGACCAUGCAAUAUGGUGGAUUGAUAGGAAUAUAUGGCUUUUGCAUAGCCGGACAACAUUGGAUCAAUAUGGAAUUCAGUCGGAUGCUAGAUUGAUGUUUCGUCGUAUGCAUAACGAUGUUCAGAUUGUUUUACCCUCUUUAACUCCUUUGGUAAUUCGUGUCAAUUAUGCUGCUCGAUUGUUUACUGUAGUUCGGGAUAUAUGUAAAGAGUUAAACAUACGCCAUUCAGAGGAAUUAUCUUUAACACUCCCUAUCACUAAAAAUAUGCUGAAAACAAAUUGCCCAUUGCCAACCAUUCGUCCAGGCUUACGACGUCCUGGUACAAGCUUGUCUAAUCAAAGGAAUGAUCAGACUCCUAUUAAAUCAAAAGUCCCUUCUCCACCGUCUUCAGUUUAUCCUACAGUUGAUGGGCAACAAAAUCCGUAUAAUACAUUGAAUUCACAUGCUGGUACAAUGAUGCGAUUUAAAUCUGAUAAUUCGUUAGAUCAAGAAAGACUUGAUUUUGCUCGCUAUGCUGACUGUUCAUUGAAACGUUCUGCAAAAGCUGUGUUUGCCGAUAACUGGUUGAUGAAACCCAAGAAUUUAGUUCAAAAAGCACGUCUGAACAGUGGAUGGUUAGACUCAUCUAGAUCACUUCUAGAACAGGGGAUCAAACCAUCAUCCUCGGAAGCCGAUAGUCAUGAUCCACAUAGCCCUCCAACUUUAUAUCUGUGCUUCAAAUAUUUUACUUUUUACGACGUGAUUUUGAAAUAUGAUGCUGUGCGUAUUCAUCAGCUUUAUGAACAGGCGCGGUGGUCUCUUCUGUCUGGCCAGUUUGAUUGUACAGAAGAUGAAAUGGUUGUUUUCGCCGCUUAUCAGCUGCAAGCUGAGUUACAGUCUGCUGCUGUCAACCAACAAUUGUGUGUCACUAACUUCCCAGAUAUGAAUAAUACAAAUCCUUAUUCAACUUUAGGUGCUUGUAGCACCGUAAGUUCUAAUUAUGUAAACCGUAGUCCAGUUCAUGCUACUUCAAGUCCUGAUUUGGCAAAAAAACAUUAUCCGCAUUAUAAUAGUGGUGGGUUAGUUUCACAAUUACCUCGGAAUUUAUCUCCAAUCGGUUCAACUAUGGUGGAUGGGACACCAAGUAAUGUACAUAACAUAGGUGGUGUAGACGAAGUAGAUGAACUCCUAUCGGAACUAGAACAAUCUUGUGGGGUUACUGAAGAGUCUGAACCAGUACUACGUACUCUGCAAAAUGCAGUUCGAUCAACUGGUCAUGAUAUGACAGAUACUUCUGAAGUGCCAAGUCUUGAAGGUGCGAUUAAAGUAUUUAGAGAUCGUUCUCGCCUUUUAAAACGCUACAAAGCAUACUGGGCUGUUAUUGUGGAAGCUCGUCUAUGUUUAUUCAGAAGUCAAACACAAACAAAAGAAUGCUUAGCUGAGUAUUCGCUUCGUGAUUGUACAGUUAGUCCUGAUGUCAAUGUUGCUCACCAGAAAUUCAUAAUCAAACUAUCAGUUCUAUCCGUAUUGGAUCAAAAGUCAAGUAAUGAUUCUCCUCUCACUCUUCCGCCUAACAACUAUACACCCAGGGAAUUAUGCCCUACCCGUGAAGAAAUAUGGUUGAAGUUUGACUCAGCUGAACAAUAUGCUUGUUGGUUAGCUGCAUGUCGUCUCGGGUCUAGGGGGAAAACAUUGGCUAGUAAGGUAGCCUACAGUAAAGAGGUCGAAGCCACACUGGAAUUACUCAAACUUCAGAUGCCAGGACCAUCUCCAGCCAUGUCACUUUCAGAAUCUACAACUUAUUUGGGUGAUUUGACGGAUUUCUGUAGUGAUCGAAUUAUUCGAAAGGCUCGUUCUAAAGAUACUUUAAGACAGCGCAUCACUGAAGCUCAUGUAAACAUUCGUGAUCUCGGUUUACUAGAAGCCAAGUAUAAAUACGUUCAAACAUGGCAACGGUUAACUGGAUUCGGUCGAAGUUAUUUUAUUGUACAGUUUGAACGUGGGUUAUUAGGAUUACCAAAUACAAGUAGUGGAGGAUUAUUCAGUACUUCAAUGGAUGAUAUUAUAGCUAUCUGUCAUGGUCGUAUUGAGGUUGUUUCCCCACAAACAGGUGAAAUUUUAUUAACUUGGAAUUUUUCUGAUCUUCGUUCGUGGAAUGUUAACUGGGAUGCAGAAAAAGUCAUUCUAGAGUUUCGUAAUUCACAGGUAUCAUUUAGGCCUUUGUCGACCAACUGUAAAACAAUCGUCGAAUUUAUUGGUGGAUACGUAUUUCUUAGUCAGCGCAAUUUGGAAAAAAGUCAAGAGGUUAAUGAACGUCUUUUUCAUCGUUUAACUGGCGCGAGUGAUUGAGUUCCUGACUGCUCGUUAGGAUCUAGAACGAUUUUAUGCAAUUGUUUAGUCUCACUUUUGCCACUUUCCCACUCAUUUUAUUGUCACUUUCAAGAAAAGGAAAUACGAAAAUCUUUUCGAUGACUUUUACGUCCUCAGUACUAUCACUUCGUUGGACUAGAUAGGCACAGGGGUGAAUUUGUAUUUUAUUGCAACGUGAUCUAUUUUCUACAUAAACUCUCAAGUAAGCUAUUACUCUAAUUAUUACGUGCUACUGUUAAAUGUGGGAUAUUUGAUUGCUGUUAUCGUCUAAUCAAUAUUAUUAUUAUUAUUAUUAUUCAAUCAAAAUCUGGUCAGUGAUUGAAGCUUGUUUUGUGUUCGCUUUCCAUGGUUCAACUUAUUGCGUUUCUUUUAGUGUACCUAUCAAAAUUAUCACCCUACAUUGAACGAAGUAGUGUGUGAAAUAUAAAUCAUAGUAUUAAACUCUACUAAUUAUAUUCCAUUGUCUUUCAGAAUAAGCUUUACACUUUUCUGUAAUUUUAAAUGUUGCCUUAUUGAUUUUAUGAGUAUAUUAUGUUUGUGUUUAUAUAUCCAUGUGUUUUUAUAUCUACCAUAUUUUAAAGGCAAUACCUAUGCAUGUAUAUGAAUGAAUUAAUCUAUCGUUUAGCAGCCGCUAUUUUUAAAUUGCUUUUGCAAGCAUUUCUCCUCUUGGCUAUAUGUUGGUCUAUUCCGAUACAAGAAAUGAAGCAACGUUACUAACUCACUAUCCUAUUUCAUCAAAAAGGCAUCCAGUACAAUUAAAUUGUUAAUAGUAAUCCAGCGUUCAAUGAAUAACUUCAAAAUGGAUUUUUUAAUAAUCAGAUUCUAACACAAUAUUCACUGCUAAUCUCCGUAAGUUACCCAUAUGGUUAUGAAAUUAUGAAUUCCCUAUCCAUAACGAACUAAAACAUCUAAACUGGAUUCAAAAAUUACACCCAUGAUUGUACCUAUGUAUAUUGAAAUGCUUACAAAAACUUCAGCUCAUAAACAAUGUCCGAAAAUCUACAAUAUUACUUUCAGGAGCUAUCUUCCCAAUAGGUCUUUAACUGUGUAAUUGUAUAACAUAUCAUUGAUUGCAGCGUUUACUAUCAUUUGAUAAUGAAAGUUUUUUGAGCUGGACGUUUUGUUAUGUUAUUUUUGCGCUAUCUAUCUAAUGUUGGAGUCAUCUAUGAGGAUUCACAAAUAAAGGCAUGAGAAAUACUGUCAUUGAUUUCUAGGAUUGUAAUACGUGUACUACUGUAUAUGGUCAUGGAGACCUAUUCAAACUCGUUUUUUAUUUCGAAAUCAGAUAAUGUUUUGGCUAGUUAUAUUUUAUUGAUCUAUAGCUUACGGUAGUAAUAAGCCAGAAAAAUAAUCCAACUAUUCACUUGAUUAUUUUUUUUAUUCUCCCUCAGUGUUUAUUCGUAUUUCCAUUCGUAACUAUUUGUUUUCUAACCCACUCUUAUUGUGCCAAGAUUUUUGGAUGUAGUUUCUCUCUCUGUGCA